CUAGACUUUCGCGGCGGAUAGAAUAGACGUGCGUGUGCGUCCGUCGUCGUCGCUGUCAUCGUCGUCGUCGUUGUCGUCGUCUUCGUCGUCGUUGUCGUCGUUGUCUUCGUAGUUGUUACUGUUGUCGGAAAUACUGUUGUAUUGUUGGAGGGAGCAUCUUUCUCUCGCGCAACUUUCGUCGUCGCACGGCAACGAAGCUCUCGCGCACCUUUGUUCGCCGUGGUUCGCCGUACGCGCGCGUGAGAAGAACUGCGUGCGCGUUUCCGGGCGAUUCUGCGUGCGACGGAGUCGUGCGGACACGUUCUCGACUCGCGUGUGCCUCUUCGUCGGACUUGCCUUACGCUCACGCUCGGAUCCCUCUUUCAAUUUCGGGUGGUUUUCCCGAUUGAUCCCGCGGGACCUCGGCCGUAGGUUUCACGCGUGGGAGACGUCCGUCCUCGGACCGUGACUACCUACAUAACGCGACAGGAUCGGGACGUUCUCGCCCGCUCUCACAGUGAUAGCUAUAUUGUGAUACAUCGACAGAGAGAAAGAAAGAGAGAGAGAGAGAGAGAGGGAGAGAGGGAGAGAGAGGGAGAGAGAAAAAGAAGAGAGAAAGAAGCGCGUAGAGUGAAGACAUGGCACAGCCAACGAGCAGCGCGUUACGGGCGCUCGCCCUGGAGUACAAGAGCCUCCAGGAGGAGCCCGUCGAAGGUUUCCGUGUCAAGCUGGUCAACGAGGACAACAUGUUCGAGUGGGAAGUCGCGAUCUUCGGUCCGCCCGACACUCUCUACCAGGGCGGAUAUUUCAAGGCACACAUGAAGUUCCCACCGGAUUAUCCGUACAGUCCACCGAGCAUUCGUUUCAUGACAAAAGUUUGGCAUCCGAAUGUAUAUGAGAAUGGUGAUCUGUGCAUAUCAAUUCUGCAUCCACCCGUAGACGAUCCACAGAGCGGUGAGUUGCCUUGUGAGAGGUGGAAUCCGACUCAGAAUGUCAGGACUAUCUUGCUGUCAGUGAUCUCGUUGUUGAAUGAGCCCAACACGUAUAGUCCAGCCAACGUUGACGCAUCCGUAAUGUAUAGACGUUGGCGUGAUUCCAAAGGAAGAGAUAAAGAAUAUGAAAAUAUCAUAAGGCAGAAGAUUGGUCACAACCAAGGUAGGUAUUUUCUCAAUAUAUAUCUCGUUUAUGUUUUUUUGUUUAGGAAACAAGCUCAAGCUGCCAAGAUGGAAGCGGAAAAGGAAGGUAUUGUCGUGCCUGUAACUCUGGAGGAUUAUUGCAUAAAGACUCGAGCGAGGCCGGCCGAACAACAACUAGAUAUGACAGACUUCUACGAUGACGAGUACGAGUUGGAUGAUGAUGAGGAUGAGCAGUUGAGCGCGACCGAUUACGAGGAUGGUGAUGAUAGUGGUAAUGGGGAAUCGUGAUCCAUUUCUUAAA